UCAAAGCCCCAAUAGCAGCAUAUCUGCGAUCCUUUCGCCCUCCUUUCUACCUUCACCCUCCCGCUCCUAAGCUUCCUUAGUCGCACACGUUCGACCCCACCCGAACAGCCACAAUGAAGGUUGUCGCCGCUUACCUCCUCGCGCUUCUCGGAGGCAACGCGAGCCCCUCCGCCGCCGAUAUCAAGGGCAUUCUCUCGUCAGUGGGUGCGGAGGCCGAUGACGACAGGAUAGACCUGCUGCUGAAGCAGCUGGACGGCAAGGACAUCAACGAGGUCAUCGCCGCCGGUCGGGAGAAGUUCGCCGCCGUGCCUAGCGGUGGCGGCGUCGCCGUUGCCGCCUCCGGCGGUGGCGGUGCUGCUGCUGCGGCCCCCGCGGAGGAGAAGAAGGAGGAGAAGAAGGAAGAGGAGAAGGAAGAGUCUGACGAUGACAUGGGUUUCAGCCUGUUCGACUGAUCAAAUCAAGGCGUCCACUCGGUUUGCACCCACAGGAUUGUCCAUCCGUUGUUAGGGUUCUUUAUGCCUGAGCCCCUUGUUAAAUGUCACUGAUUCAAUGAGCAUUUUUCUAGCAACAUUUGUGCGUGGAGAAUGGUGAUGCAGCUUAGGGGUAAGGCUUUGCCAUCAACGGCACUAGGAAAUGGUUGGGUGAAUAAUGAAUUGUUAGAACA